UCUUGAUUCCUCCUCCUCCUCCUCUUCUUCUUCUUCUUCUUCUUCUUCUUGAAUUCUGGGUGUUUUUCAGUUCGUCCGUUCUUGCCUUCUCUUCUCGGUUCCGUGAGUAAUUCUUUAUGCAUGCCUUGCUCGGCAGCUCAAGGGAGUUCAGCAAAAUUGGCCUCGCAUGUCCUCGUCUGGACUUAUGGCCAAGAUCUUCCAAGUAUUUUUUGCUUUGAUGCUUCGUUCAACUCAAGCAUGGGCUGUUUCUUUUUUCUUUUCUUUUUUACAAUACAUCGCAGCAGUAUGAAUCUACUCCAGUCCAUGAACUCAAGCAUGAACUAGGAGUAGUACCCUAGUUCGUGUGCGCUCCAGUCCAUGCUCACUCCUGUUCUGCCGGUUGGUAGCACGUCGCUCCAUCAGGGUUUUGUUCUUUAUGUACACAAAAAAUAAUAGUACCAGAUAGAGCCGAUGGGAUUUGGCAGUCUCUUCUCCGAAUAAUUAUGUUUUCUUGCUUCCUUUGUCUUGCCAAAAUUGGCAAAUCUCCUGGUCCAAGUGCCUCAAUAAUUUAUACAUCUCCUGAAUAAGAUACUACCCCAUCACCAAGCUCUGGUCCAUGCCACUGCCUUCCCCAAAUUAACUCUUAGUAUUACUACUCCGGUUGUCAUCGUCCAGUACCAUGAUGCAUAAUUCGAACCCAUAGGGUUGAUCUUGUUUGUAAUGCAGUCUGGUAUGAUAGUAGCAAUCUGGUGAUAUUAAUUUGCAACGGCAAGAACACUUGUACUAGCAGGCACAUAAAGAACACCACCACACCAGGGAGGCCUUGUUCCUUGGGCCUCUUUGACAAAGAAAGCAUUCCUUGUUGGUGAAUCCGGCGUAGCUGUCCGUGUCCGGCAUUUAUAUUCGUGCUCUCAUCUGACGAUUCAGAUCUCCAGAAACUCCACAGGGGUUCGGAUGGGAACACCAGACCAGAGCUUGCAUCUUUUCACGACAGCAACUGAAUGUGCUAUUCUUGCACCCUUUCUCUUUCAGAUAAGGUUCCGUUUUAGAGAUGCCCGGGCCGGAAAAGAGGCCACGCUUUUCAUCUGCUUGUCCUCUAAUUAGGCAUCAGAGGUGGCAUAUCCAGGCUUAGCAUUGGAUCGGAUACUUGUCUUGAUCUGCCUGCGCUCCACAUUCAGACACAUUCAGUUUAUUCGAUCAGCGAACAUGAAAGCUUCAAGCAUUAAAAUCUGAACUAGUAUUUGCUUAGGUUCUUGCCUACAUCGACAGCAUAAUCAACCGUCGUCUUCGGAAUCACGUAAACCGGAAGCAAUUUCGGACAAAUAAAGAUGUGUCAAUUCAGACUCCAUUGUGCUUAUCCACAGGGCUAUCUGAUGGCCAGCACUCCCGUAUGUCUAAGAUUCAGCUUGUCAUGAUGAUCACCACGCUGACAAGAGCAACACAUGCUAUUUUAUCCUUGUGCAGCUCUUGACUCAUCCGCACUCCGGUCUGGUGAGCCAGUCAAUGAGUGCAGCUGAGACUAGAAACAAGAGAUCAUUUGCGUGAGAUAGAUAGAGGAGCAAACAAAGCGCAGCCAAAGAAAGAAGAGAGAGAGAGAGAGAUUGUUCAGAGAUGAAGAGCAGCAGCGUCCAAGAAGCGUGUGAGGAUCAGGUGUCCGACAUCAGCAGCCAGGCGGCGUCCAACAACAACGAGGCGUCCAACACCUCCCCACGCCCCAAGCUCGCCCUCGACCUGUCGCUCACCGUCACCGCCGCCGCCGCCACGACGGCCGAGUCGAGCACCACCGACAGCAACAACGGAGGCGCGCAGGCCACGCGCGAGCCGACGAGGGUGUUCACCUGCAACUACUGCCAGAGGAAGUUCUUCAGCUCGCAGGCGCUGGGCGGGCACCAGAACGCGCACCGUCGGGAGCGCACGCUGGCCCGGCGCGCCGUGCACCGGCUCGAGGCCUACCCCUACGGCUACGCCGACGUGGCCUCCCUCCCGCUCUACGGCUCCCCCGGGCUGUACCCCAUCGGCAUCCAGGCGCACGCGUCGGCGCACCCGGGCGCGAUCGCGGCGCAGGCGGAGCGGCAGCAGCAGCAGGAGGACGCCGCCGUGCACGCGGCCACGCCGGCGCGCGCGCGGGCGCUGCUGGGCCCGAUGCCGUUCCUCGUGGGCGGCGACGAGGAGGUCAGCUUAGGGUGGCCCGGCAGCUUCAGGCCGCCGCCGCCGGGCGCCGGCGCGCUCCCCCUCUUCCACUCAGGCAACAACUUCGGCAGCAGCAGCGGCAGCAUCGUGGUGCAAGCCGACGAGGAGCCCGACCUGACGCUCAGACUCUAGCCGUCGCCCGUACGUACGCCGUCGGUCGCCGCGCUUAUACUACGUGCUGCUAGGCCGGUGCAACUCGUCAGGCUCUCUCUCGGCGUCAACCAACGGAUCAUCAUGAUGGUAGACGACGAACCGUAUUUGUUUCAUGCGUGCGUGCGUACGCUCGUGGAAGUAUUUCUGUACAGUUUUGGUGCUCUUCUGUGGUAUUGGUAGUAGCGUGUACCCUACAACUUCCCGCGGUAUAAAGAUUCAUCAUUCAUGUGAUCAAUCAAUCAGUCAAUCAUGUUGCUGCGUC